AUGGCCGACGCCACUGGGAAUACCUUGACACGGCUUUGGAGCGAUACAAGCAGCGGGCUUUACCACGAUUACCAUCUCGUGGCUAGUGAAUGGGUUGUGACAGAUAGGAUAAAUGCGGCCCCAGGGCAAAGGUUUUUUUCGUGGGACGAAUUCUUCGAUCCAAACAGCUCCUAUGGUUCGGACAACUUCUCUCAGAUAGGGAGAUACAAUUUGUCCAAUGUCGUUUUUGAUAAAGAGGCAUCUGGAGGCAUCGUAGUUGACGGUCAUGCGAGUGGUACAGGAAAUGGCUCUUCGCCAUCCGCUGCGCAGGACAUCAUUAUAUUGAGAAACGGUCUUUGUUCAUCUUCCUGCGCGGUCUUUGUGGAAAUGAUGCAUCACGAAGCCGGAGUACGGAACGUGGCUGUCGGUGGUCGACCGAGCUAUGGGCUGAUGCAAGGACCAGGUCGAAGUCGUGGUGCCGCAUUGUACAGUACUUCACAACUGGAUACAGACAUCUGGAACGCACGACACCACAGUAAGAGAGCAGCCAGGCAUCUUCCACAUCGACGGAAGUCAUUGUUUGUCACCUCGGCCAGCUUCAAUCUUCGAAAUCUUCGAGAUCAGGUGCGGCGAGAUAACACCACCAUGUCACUACAGUUCCUCUAUGAACCUGCCGAUUGCAGAAUAUUCUUCACGCCAAGCACCUGGUAUAACUAUACGAACCUCUGGAAGUACGCUGCAGACGCAAUCUGGAACAACACAGGGCUGUGCGUCAAGAACUCGACAAGUCAAGAUGGGUUGGAGCCAGAUCGACUCGUGUAUACAGGCGAUGCGACAGAAAUUAUCACGGAUUCCUUCCAGCAGGGCUUUCCUCCAAUCAUUCGUGAGGAGGAGAUGUUCGGCGGACGCCAUGACUUAUCAAUGAUUCAGAACAUGGAGUGCACUACGAAUAGAGACUGCGCAGCACCAGGGCAUUUUUCGUUUCGAAUGGUUACGACUUGCCAUGAUGAGAAUGAGCGCAUGGUCAAAUCGCUAUGUGUUGCAGAAUGUAGCUCGAGUAAAAAUUGUGCCGGGGCAGCUUUUGUCGCGUCCCAUGCCACACAUCCCACACAUACGACGAAGAAGUGGUAG